AUGGGAGCACAGGACGGGAACUGCACCAGGCCACAGGUGAUAGACGUGGAGCUGAGGAAGAUCUCUGGAAGUCUGGGCAUUAGCAUUUCUAGCGGUGCUAACGCCAGCGAGCCAAACGGAGGAAUCUACAUCAAGAGCCUUGUUCCCGGAGGAGCGGCAGAGAGAGACGGACGCCUUCAUGUCGGGGACCGACUCGUGGAGGUGGAUGGAGUUGGGUUUCUGGGCUUCACGUACAGACAGGCCGUGGAGUGUCUGAGCAAAACUGGAGAGGUGGUGGUGAUGUCAGUGGAGCGUGAGUCCUUGAACCAGCCUCGAGUCUCUCUGAGUGUGGAGAGCUGCAGCAGUGGAUCCACCAACAGCCCGUCCACGCAGCCCAAGAACCAGCACCCUCCUCCUCCUCAGUCCUCCUCUGCGCCUCCUCGCAGAGAAUACAGCUUUAUCACGGACGAAAACACGCAGAUGGUGACUCUGACCAAGACCGACGUGGGACUGGGCUUCAGUUUCCUCAUGUGCGAGAUAGACCCGCCCCGGAAAGACUUCAACAGUCUAGUCCGGAUCAAAGAGGUGUUCCCAGGUCAGCCGGCCCAACAGAGCGGGCAGAUCCAGGAAGGGGACGUGCUCCUGUCAAUCAACGGACAGUCCCUGAAGGAGCUCACCUACCCGAAAGUGCUGAAGCUUUUCAAGAGUUCUCCGUCGGACGUUUGUAUGACGCUGUGCCGCCCGAGCCCUGGAGUCCUUCCAUCUAUCGAUCAGUUCACUGGAACCUGA